CUUUAGCCUAACCAAGCAAAAUUAAUCUGUGUUGUAUAGUAAAUCGGUUUAUAUCAAGGUUUAGAUUCUCAAAUUUUAAGCCAGACGCGUCUAGUAUUUUAAUUAAUUCAAAUUAAUCGACAACAAAUAACGCAGUUUUAAGCAUACAUAGGGUAAUGGCUCACGGAUUUGGACAUUUGGCUAAAAUUCGUGGAAUUGUUUACUACAGACUGUCUCCAUUCGAACAGAAAGCAUUUAAGGGAAUAAUAUCAAAAGGGGUUCCCAAUAUGGUUAGAAGAAUUAUGGACCAAGCUCCAUAUGUAGUACCACCUCUUGCUCUGGCUUACAUAAUAUAUGACCAAACAGAAAAGGAACAUCGUCGAUUGUUGAGGAAAAACCCAGCAGACUUUGAAAAUGAUAAAUAGAGUUUCCAUUUAAUAAAUAGUAGUACCUAUACCUAUUAGAUUAGGGUAACUUGGAUUGUUUUAUUGACAAUGACAGGUAAAAACAAAGUUAA